AUGGUCUCUACCAACCUGCCUGUGAUGGUCUUCAUCUAUGGUGGUGCCUUCCUGGUGGGAGGGAGCCAGGGAGCCAAUUUUCUGGAUAACUACCUGUACGAUGGCGAGGAGAUCGCCGUGCGGGGCAACGUCAUCGUGGUCACCAUCAACUAUCGCCUGGGGCCCCUGGGCUUCCUGAGCACGGGAGAUGAGAACAUGCCAGGGAACUACGGGCUGAAGGACCAGCACAUGGCUAUUGCCUGGGUGAAGAGGAACAUCAAGGCCUUUGGGGGUGACCCAGAAAACAUCACCAUCUUUGGGGAAUCGGCCGGUGCCGUCAGUGUCUCCCUGCAGAGCUUGUCCCCGAAGAACAAGGGCCUGUUCAAGAGAGCCAUCAGCCAGAGCGGUGUCGGGCUCUGCAGCUGGGCCAUCCAGAGGGACCCGCUCUACUGGGCUAAAAAGCUUGGAGAAAAGCUGGGCUGCUCCACAGACAACACCACCAUCUUGGCCAGCUGCCUGCGUGCCGCUGAUCCCAAAAAACUGACUCUGGCCUACCACCUGCAGCUGACCAACCUGCCCACUGCCCUGGUGCACACCCUGGCCCUGACUCCUGUGGUUGAUGGAGAUUUCCUCCCAGACAUGCCAGAGAAUCUCUUUGCCAACGCUGCCGACAUUGACUACCUGGUUGGGGUCAACGACAUGGACGGGCACAUCUUCGCCGGCAUAGAUUUACCUGACAUCAAUGCCCCACUGAGGAAAGUCACUGCGGAAGAGAUCUACAAUUUGAUCAAAGCACUGACCGUGGACAGGGGCGAGGCUGGAGCCAACGCCACGUACAAUAUCUACACCCAGAGCUGGGACAAGAACCCGAAGCAGGAGGACAUGAAGAAGACAGUGGUGGAGCUGAUGACUGACUACAUCUUCCUGGUUCCCACACAGUGGACCCUGAACCUGCACCUGCAGAACGCCCAGAGUGCCAAGACAUACAGCUACUUGUUCUCCCAGCCAUCCCGCAUGCCUGUCUACCCCAGCUGGGUUGGGGCAGACCAUGGUGAUGACCUUCAGUAUGUCUUUGGGAAGCCCUUUACCACCCCCAUGGGCUACUGGCCCAAGCACAGGACCGUCUCCAAGUACAUGAUCGCUUACUGGACCAACUUUGCCAGCACUGGUGAUCCCAACAAGGGGAAUUCAGACGUGCCCGUUUCCUGGCCAGCCUACAGCAGCCAGGGCACUUACUACUUGGAAAUCAACAACAAGAUAAACAAGAACUCCGUGAAGCAGGACCUGAGAUCCCGGUUUGUAACCUUCUGGAACUCGGUCUAUCGGAGCCUGCCCCAGGUUGCCAACAUCACCCAGUCAGGGUUGAUGUUCUGAACCUAAGA